AUGCCGCGGGCGUCGCCUCCCGACGCGGCGGACUUGCCUGCGCCGCUGCGCGAGGAGAUCUCGCGGCACCUGCAGCAGCAGGCGGACGCGGAGGCGGCCGCCACAAGCAAGAAGCGUGCGCGGCCGGGCGACGGCGCCGAGAACGACGAGAGGCUGGCCGCGGUGGAGGACUUUGAGCUCUCCUGCCCCGGCCUCGGCUCGCUAGUCUGGCCCGGCGUGACCGACCUGCGCGGGCUCCCCGGCAAGCUCGACGGCGUCGUCAAGUUUGGGUCGCACGAGGUGCUCCUCUACCCGGACCUGCCAGAGGCGCUCAAGCCGCGCCCGGGCGAGGCUCUCAACAAGCGCUUCAUCUACACCAUGGAGAACGUCUGGGCGCGCGACAAGCGGACGGGCAGCUACCUCACCGACGCGCGCUCCGUCGCCGCCUUCCGCGCGCAGCUGCAGCGCAAGGCGGACAAGCUGGGGAUCCGCAUGCUCUCGUACAGCCACGAGCGCGGUCUGUGGCGGGUGGAGGUGGUGCCGAGCUGA